GGUAACACAGCUAUGAUUGGUCCACGUUACUGAAGCCCAGCCCAAUUCCCACGUAUCGACGUGUCAAUCGUGGCGCCUUCAGAGUUCAGACUUACAAUCUCCUCUCGUGCCUUCGUCGUCCACAAAAAUUACCCGUCAUAACUGUCCACUAUAAUUCUGAAACAGUGCCUAAAUAAUCAGAGCCUGGAAUACGAAUACAAAAGAAAUUCCGCGGAAAGUGGUGGUGGAAAAGUUUACUUGCGAACCGCUUUGAACUUGCACGGCCAUGGCUGCCGUGGCUUCCGGCGGAGGCGCUGCCGGCGUUGUACAAGUGAAACUCCAGACCCUCAAGCCCAAUAACAAGCUCCAAUCUUCAUUUCUAGGCCAAAGUCAGCUCAAUCUCAUCAAACCCAGUUCGAGGAACAAAGCUAUCCCUAAUCCCAGACGAGCAGGAGGCGGAAUCGGAGUUCUGGCGUCAGUGGGAGUAGAUGGAAGUCAUGAAUUGGUUAGUUUGGUGCACAAUUUCUUUCUGGGCGUUGGUGUUGGGUUGCCCUGCACAGUGAUGGAGUGUGGGGAUAUCAUUUACAGAAGCACUCUGCCGAAGUCUAGUGCGCUAACCAUCACAGUUCCUGGCGUUGCUCUAGCUCUCAGCGUCGUGUCUUACCUUUGGGCUACCCCUGGCGUGGCUCCUGGUUUCUAUGAUAUGUUUGUGCUUGCUUUCAUCGAGCGACUCUUCAGACCCAGUUAUAAAAAGGAUGAAAUUGUUCUGGGGAAGAAGUUGGGAGAAGGAGCUUUUGGGGUGGUCUAUAAAGUUUCGCUGGAUAAACCUUCUUCGAAGAAGAGGGGAGGCGACCUUGUGUUGAAAAAGGCAACUGAAUAUGGAGCAGUGGAAAUUUGGAUGAACGAAAGAGUUCGAAGAGCUUGUGCUAGCAGUUGUGCUGAAUACUUGUAUGGAUUCCUUGAGAGCUCUUCAAAGAAAGGCAGUGAAUAUUGGCUUCUAUGGAGGUUUGAAGGGGAGGCUACUCUCUAUGAUUUAAUGAAAAGCAAAGAGUUCCCCUACAAUGUUGAGACAUUGAUUCUAGGGAAGGUUCAGGAUUUGCCUAAAGGGAUAGAAAGGGAAAGUAGAAUCAUCCAGACUGUGAUGAGGCAGCUCUUAUUUGCCUUAGAUGGCCUUCACUCCACUGGGAUUGUGCAUAGGGACAUCAAGCCACAGAAUAUCAUCUUCUCUGAAGGGUCAAGGACAUUCAAGAUCAUUGAUCUUGGAGCUGCUGCAGAUUUGAGAGUCGGGAUUAACUAUAUUCCAAAUGAGUUUCUUUUGGAUCCUAGGUAUGCUGCUCCAGAGCAAUACAUCAUGAGCACACAAACUCCCUCUGCCCCGUCUGCUCCUGUAGCUACUGCACUGUCCCCAGUCCUAUGGCAGCUAAAUUUGCCUGAUAGAUUCGACAUCUACAGUACUGGUUUGAUGUUCCUACAAAUGGCGUUUCCGGGCCUAAGAACUGACAGCAAUCUCAUACAAUUCAACCGUCAACUAAAGAGAUGCGACUAUGACUUGGUUGCAUGGAGGAAAAGCGCAGAACCGCGUGCAAGCCCAGAACUCAGGAAAGGGUUCGAGUUGCUCGAUUUAGAUGGCGGGAUAGGAUGGGAACUUCUGACCUCGAUGGUGAGAUACAAAGCACGCCAGAGAAUAAGUGCCAAAGGAGCUCUAGCCCAUCCCUAUUUCAACAAAGAAGAGCUAUUAGCUUUGUCAGUAAUGCAGAACCUGAGGUUGCGACUCAUUCGAGUCACGCAACAGGAUUAUAGUGAAGCUGUCAACUGGAUCAUUCAGCUCAUGGCAAAAUCCGGAACGGAGAAAGACGGAGGCUUCACUGAAGCCCAGCUUCAGGAACUGAGAGAAAGGCAAGAGCCUAGGAAGAAGGCAAAUGGACAAAGGAAUGCUCUUGCAUCAGCUCUUAGGCUGCAGAGAAAGUUACUGAAGACGUUGAAUGAGAGCGUGGGUGAUCUGAACCAACGCAGGAAGAGCAUAUGGUGGAGCAGGUGGAUCCCAAAAGAGGAAUGAAGCGACGUUGUACAUAAUGAUAGUGAUGCUACUCCCUUCUUCUCAGGUUUGGCUACUAUGCUGAUACAGGGUGUGUGAGUACAGGCUGACACUGUCCGACCAGCCUGUGAAAUUUCAACUAUUUGGCAUCAUUUACACAAUUGUCACCAUAUCAACACAACCACUGAUGUCGCUUGAAGAGAUGAUCUGAGGGUGGUAGUGCCUUCUUUCUCUUCCCCCUUGUAAAGUUCUCUCCUUGGUUUGUUUAUAUGUAUGGGUUCAGAGACUGAUGGUAUACAGUAGAGGUUGAAUUGAAUAUGAAAGAAAUUAACUGGAAUCUAUGAGGGUAGGGGGAUACAGACCUGGAAUCUUUUGACCGCACGUGUAAUCCUUGACUUUAUCAGUUUCAAUGACAGUCAUCGGAAGUGAAGUUGAUGGAAAUGCAACAGCUACAUAAAAGCAUUUCUUAAAUCAUCUCUUUCACAGUUCUCAACAUUCAUGUUGUUUCAGUGCUGUUUAAUAAUGUUUAGGCAUCAAU